UACUGAAAUGCGUUUUUGACGUUUUGGAUUUGACAGUCGACAGCUAGUCCAAUUCCUUCCGAAAUCAAAAAUUUGGGGUUGUUUUUAGUACUUCAUUUGUUUUAAUUAAUUAAAUAUAUCGAAAUGGCGUCUAUGGUUAACUCGGCACUGGCGCAGGCUCGCCCCAAGUUAGGAAUCUUCAUGAAGUACGCGCGGGUGGAGUUGGCCCCUCCCAAACUGAGCGAGAUCCCUCAGAUUAAAGCUGGUAUUGGCAAGCUCCUGUCGAGUGCCAAGUCGGGGGCGUGGAAAAAUCAGACCGUCAAGCAGGCCACAGUGAACACCCUGGUUGGCGCUGAGGUGCUCUUCUGGUUCUUCGUUGGAGAAUGCAUCGGCAAGCGCCACAUCGUCGGCUACAAUGUCUAGAUUUCGGUUUAAGUGUAACUCUGUAGAUAUACCUAUGUACUGUUCAGUGAAAUAAAUUAUUAAAAUCA